ACACGAGUCUGCACAUAGCGCACUGCUAAUCAAGGCACACUCAUGUUUACAAAGAAAAACAUUUUUAUAUGAAUUAAUAUAAUACUUAAAUGUAUGAAAAAGAUAAAACAUACUUGACAAAUUAACAACUAUUUGGUAACAAAAAGAAAAAGAGGAGACAAUACUUGUUAUUCGAUAUAAAGGUACAGUCAGUGUUUCCCACAGACCAGGUAGCAGUUUGUGGUGCGCCACUGUGCCGAUGAGGGAAUCGUGCGCGGUGGUGUCGUGGCGGUCGGUGGAGUCGGUCAUUGGGGUGUAUGCAAAGUGUUUACAGCGGGCGGUGUUCAAACACACUAUUUUUCUUCAGAGUCACCUGCUGGGACUAUUUUAAAGCUACAAGAAGCAUUUGAGAUUAAUCUAAAUUCUUUUAAGUUCUUUAAGAGAAGACAGCUAAAACAAUUUUUCCCAGAACCCUGCCUGGUUUCAUUCCUCGACCCAACUUUACCUUACAGGGCAGGCCAUUAGUUUGCUGGACUUGAUGUUGGUGGAAAACCUGUCUUUUAAAUUUAUGAAAAUUACUCACCAAAAUUCAAGUUAAAGUUUAUUUUUUUGCCGUUUUGGUGGCAAUCUUUCAAUCAUUCUUUAGUUGACAUUCAAGGAAUAAAUUGCAAAAAACAAGCUGGAGGUUCAAUACUCCAUUGAGUAAACAUUGAGAGUCAAUGAAAUUAUAAUAGUCAAAUAAAUACGAAGUUAUUAUUAGCCUAUGGGCAUCCUACAGUAGCCUCUCAACUACUGCAUUUUAUCUUUAUCACAUUGUUUGCUGCGUUUCCAACGUUAUAGGCUGACAGCUGGACGUUCAAUACUGAUAAUGUUAUAAGGCUAGCAGUUCAUAAAGCGGCAGCACGGUGGUGUAGUGGUUAGCGCUGUCGCCUCACAGCAAGAAGGUCCGGGUUUGAGCCCCGUGGCCGGCGAGGGCCUUUCUGUGUGGAGUUUGCAUGUUCUCCCCGUGGGUUUCCUCCGGGUGCUCCGGUUUCCCCCACAGUCCAAAGACAUGCAGGUUAGGGCUGCAUGAUAUCAGAAAAAUAUUCGAUAACAUGACUGGAUCUCUCGAUAUCGAUAUGUAUCACGAUAAUUAAAUACAUAAUGUUUUUCUUACCUCUACUCGCCGUUCUGCCCUGUAUCUAGCAUUUAAAAAAAACACCCAAUGCAUCGCUUCCAUUCCAGCAUUAUUUUUUGUUGGAAAAACAUGGCUACACCUGCAGUGGUGUCCAUCAACCAUCUUUAAAUCUCUUAAUUUUUGUGAGCACAGCAGAAAAUGUCUUAAGUUGAAGUAAACAAAAAACUGAAAACUACAUUACAUUAACAUAAAGCAUUCAAAAUGUCAAUUUCAGCGGCUCCCGGGAGAUGAAGAAUGAUGGAGGGAAAGAGAUCAGACUCCCCAGAACCCAGCUGUGUGUCCAUGAAGAGUGACGGGUCAAUGGAACGCCCACCUGUCUUCAGAGACAGUCCUGCUGAUCAGAGAAUGAUGGAGGGAAAGAGAUCAGACUCACCAGAACCCAGCUGUGUGUCCAUGAAGAGUGACCGGUCAAUGGAACGCCCACCUGUCUUCAGAGACAGUCCUGCUGAUCAGAGACCACAAAAGAAGAAAUCAAACAUCAGCAGAAAUCAGCUGGAGUCCAUAUUCAAGGAGCUGGAACACAAAGUCAUCAGUGUGAUCCAGAAGGAGCUGAAGAGGUUUAAGGAGCUCCUGAGUCCAGAUUCCCCAGCAUGCUCUGAGAGGGAGGUGGAGGAUGAGGAGGAUCAGAGCAGUGUCAGAGAGGGAGUGCUGAAGAUCACACUGCACUUCCUGAAGAACAUGAACCACACAGAUCUCGUUCACACACUGCGCAACAAACACGUCUCUGUGUAUCGGCAAAAUCUGAAAUCCAACCUGCGAGAGAAGUUUAAAAGAGUUAAUGAAGGAAUCUCACAGCAUGGAAGCUCAGCUCUUCUGAAUGAGAUCUACACAGAGCUGUACAUCACAGAGGGUUGGAGUGGAGACAUUAAUAAAGAACAUGAGGUGAGACAGAUUGAGACGGCAUCCAGGAGACCAGCAACACAGGAGACAUCCAUCAAAUGUAAGGAUCUCUUUAAAGACACGUCCAUCAGAAGUGUGCUGACUAAAGGAGUUGCUGGAAUUGGAAAAACAGUCUCUGUGCAGAAGUUCAUUCUGGACUGGACUGAAAGAGAAGCGAAUCAGGACGUCACCUUCAUGUUCCCACUUCUCUUUAGAGAGCUGAAUCUGAUGAAGGAGAGAAAUCUCAGUCUGAUGAAUCUUCUUCAUCACUUUUUCCCAGAAAUGAAAGAAUUACAAUUCAUAGACUGUGAUAUGAACAAAGUCCUGUUGAUCUUUGAUGGUCUGGAUGAGUGUCGACUUCCUCUAAAUUUCCAGAACAAUGAGAGAUUGUGUGAUGUGAUGGAGUCGGCCUCAGUGGAUGUGCUGCUGACAAACCUCAUCAAGGGGAAUCUGCUUCCCUCUGCUCUCCUCUGGAUAACCUCUCGACCAGGAGCAGCCAAUCAGAUCCCUCCUGAGUGUGUAGGCCAGGUAACAGAGGUACGAGGGUUCAGUGAUCCUCAGAAAGAGGAGUACUUCAGGAAGAGGAUCAGUGAUCAGAGCCUGGCCAAUAAAAUCAUCACACACAUGAAGUCUUCAAGAAGCCUCUACAUCAUGUGCCACAUCCCAGUCUUCUGCUGGAUCUCAGCCACUGUUCUCAAGAGAAUGUUGGGUGAAGCAGAGAGUGGAGAGAUCCCCAAGACUCUGACUCAAAUGUUCACACACUUCCUGAUCUUUCAGAUCAAACAGAAGGACCAAAAGUACCAUCAGAAAUGUGAGCCUGAUCCUCAGCAGACCAGAGAGAGUAUCCUGGCACUGGGAAAACUGGCUUUCCAACAGCUGGAGAAAGGAAACCUGAUCUUCUAUGAGGAAGACCUGAGAGAGUGUGACAUUGAUGUGAGAGAAGUGUCAGUGUACUCAGGAGUGUGUACCCAAAUCUUCAGAGAGGAGUUUGGGCUUCACCUGGGGAAGGUCUUCAGCUUUGUACAUCUGAGUGUUCAGGAGUUUCUGGCUGCUUUAUAUGCGUUUCUCUGCUUUAUUUUCAGAAAUAUAAAUGUGCUCGUGGAUCAAAGAACUGGACUUUUUAAUUUCUUAACCAAAUCAAACAUGUCUGAUUUCCUCAGGAGUGCAGUGGACAAGGCCUUACAGAGUGAGAAUGGACACCUGGACCUGUUCCUCCGCUUCCUUCUGGGUCUCUCACUGGAGUCCAAUCAGACUCUCUUACGAGACCUACUGCCCCAGACAGGAAGUAGCUCUCACAGCAAACAGGAAACAGUCAAGUACAUCAAGGAGAAGAUCAGGGAGAAUCCAUCUCCAGAGAAAUCCAUCAAUCUGUUCCACUGUCUGAAUGAACUGAAUGAUCAUUCUCUAGUGCAGGAAGUACAACGUUACCUGAACAGAGGAGGUUCCAGUCGUCUCCGUGGAGUCAGACUCUCUCCUGCUCAGUGGUCAGCUCUGGUGUUUGUGUUACUGAACUCAGAACAGGAGCUGGAUGUGUUUGAUUUGAGUAAAUAUAACCCAUCAGAGGAAUGUCUUCUGAAGCUGCUGCCAGUGGUCAAAGCCUCCAGAAAAGCUGAUCUGUGUGGGUGUAAACUGAGAGAGGAAAGCUGUAGAGUUCUGUCCUCAGUUCUCAGCUCAAACUCCUCCAGACUGAGAGAACUGAACCUGAGGGACAAUAAACUGCAGGAUUCAGGAGUGAAGCUGCUCUCUGCUGGACUGGAGAAUCCACACUGUACACUGGAGACACUGAGGUUGUCUGGCUGCAGGAUUACAGGUGAAGGUUGUGCUGCUCUGGUUUCAGCUCUGAGGUCAAAUCCCUCAUCACACCUGAGAGAACUGGAUCUGAACUACAAUAAUCCAGGAGAAUCAGGAGUGAAGCUGCUCUCUGAUCUACUGAAGGAUCCACACUGUACACUGGAGACACUACAGUUGUCUGGCUGCAGUAUUACAGGUGAAGGUUGUGCUGCUCUGGUUUCAGCUCUGAGGUCAAAUCCCUCAUCACACCUGAGAGAACUGGAUCUGAACUACAAUAAUCCAGGAGAAUCAGGAGUGAAGCUGCUCUCUGAUCUACUGAAGGAUCCACACUGUACACUGGAGACACUACACUUUAACACCCUGAAGGAUUCAGAUGAUUCAGAUGUAGAAGUUCCAUGACUGAUCCCAUCCUUUAUCCACUCAGCUCAACAUCACUUCACACAGUAAUCAUAGAUUUCAUCACAGAUUUAAUCUGUUUGUCCCCGGGGCUUUAGCAGCUCCAUGUGGUUUCAUUCAGUUUGUUAGAACAUGACAGCGAGCAUUUAUUUCAGUGAGUCACAGCUAUGAUACUGAUUCAGUCGUUUUGUCUUCAGUUUACAUCAUUUUAAAAACAGCGAUUGAAAACCUUCCUGUACAUUUACUGUAAAGUCAUUCCACACAAUGAUGAUAGAUAGAUAGAUAGAUAGAUAGAUAGAUAGAUAGAUAGAUAGAUAGAUAGAUAGAUACUUUAUUGACUAAAACAUUGCAGCCAUUGGUUGAAUUACGUUUGUUAACAAAUACAUAAAAAUGAAAAAAAAUGAUAUAUAUAAUUUUUUUUCUGUAUGUUGAUUAAAUUUAUCUACUGUG